CCACCAUCAUGGCUACCAAGUCCAAGAUCAAAGGGAUCUACAAAAGCUUCAAAUGCAUUUCCAAAAUCUUUGUUGUGAAGGAGAGAGAAAUGGAAAUUGGGUACCCAACAGAUGUUAAACAUGUCGCACAUGUUGGCUGGGAUGGCUCUUCUGGGACUGCACCGAGUUGGAUGAAUGAAUUCAAGACGGGCCCUGAUUUCGCAGCAGCAUCAAUCGAUUUUGGACAAUCAAUGGGAUCCCAAACUGCAACAGAGAUAAUAAGGAACCUUUCUUCCAAGGACUUGUCCAAGGUUUCCAAGAAACAAAACUGGAAAAAGAAUCGAAAGUCUUCCUCAAAAUCUUCGCGAAAGGCUACGUGA